AUGUCUCGACCAGAACUACACGACAUGGGCAGCUUAGUGACACGCGGAUUGCGCCACGGCAUGACCAGCAACGACCAGGAAUACGCAGGCACGUACGGCGCAGUGGGCGGUUCGCAUGCACUGGAUAUGCGAGCGUCUCAACAGCAGGUGUACGGCCUGGGGAUGCACAACGAUCUUGUGGGACGGCAAGUGGAAAAAGAGCACAACGGUUUGGGAUAUUCUGGGCCAAACAGAGGCAUACCCGCCGUGACCUCGAAUCAAGGAUCGGUACAAAGUCCCUCCUUCUCUUCCUUCAACCACCAUCAUCCCCAUCCUCAUCGCAUUUCUCCUCCUGUCCAUCAACCAGCGCAGUACCACUCACCCCAAUACGCCGACCAGGACACUCAGUUCCAUAGCUUCAAUCAAGGCUCCCCGCCAUCGUCGUCAACUUUGCCGUCUGCGUCACCUACCACUAUAUCUUUGUCACGAACCACGCUUUGGUGGGGAGAACUCGAGCCUUGGAUGGAUGAAGAAUACGCCAAACAGGUCUGUGGCAUGAUGCGCUGGGACUCGGCGAGCAUCAAGGUUCCACAUCCUGCCCCUGAUCCAGUGACUGGACAACAGGCUAAUAACCCAGGCUACUGCUUCUUGACGUUUCCGACACCCGCCCAUGCAGCAUCCGUGCUUUCUCAAGUCAAGUCAUCUGGGCAGGGAAUGCCAUUGAUAAUGCCCAAUUCAUCUAAGCCGUUCGUCAUGAAUUGGGCAUCGUCGGUCGCAUCUACACCGGUGUCAUCCACUUUUCCUACAGCUGGUGCAUAUAUCCCAUCGGCCCCACACUACGAAAAGGAGUAUAGCAUAUUCGUGGGCGAUCUAGCUCCUGAGGCGUCCAAUUCAGAUCUAGUCGCUGUUUUCCGCAAUCCUGUCCUGGGCCUUAGGAACGACCGUGAGCCGAAGUUUAUUCGCCCAUUUCUAAGCUGCAAGAGCGCGAAGAUCAUGCUGGACCCGGUGACUGGUGUCUCAAGAGGAUAUGGUUUCGUUCGCUUCACGGAUGAGGCCGACCAACAAAGAGCUUUGAUUGAAAUGCACGGGUUAUAUUGUCUGUCAAGACCCAUGCGUAUAUCCCCCGCGACGGCUAAGUUCAAAGCUCUCCCUGCUGCACCAAACAUGGAAUUUCCUCCCGUCCAACUUGCCUCCCAUUCGAACACCUUGGAGCCUGCCACGAUCUCCAUGUCUAUGCCGAAUUCUGGCCCAACCCAAAGUGUUUCGGCUCCGAUCGCCACCGUUCCCCCUUCAAGCGGUAUCAGCUCGACUAGCUUAUCUACGUCGGGGUCCGGCACGUCCUCCAUAGCGACGUCUACCUCAAACACAUCUGUGAGCACGGGAGCUAGUUCAACAAGCGGUGCCUCUGCGGGACUUACGCCAGAUGAGAUGAUGCAUCUACCAAAUCACGUUUUGGUUCAGAUCGCCCAGCAGUAUGCAAAUGGAACCGCAAGCCCUGUCAAGGCUAUAGGAAGUGGUGGGUCGUCUUAUGGUACUGAGGGGAAUCCGGUUACGAAUCAGGAUGCGACGGUCGCUCCUCGCUAUGUCCUGUCAGAAGAGUCUUGGAAGCAUCACGCGCAAGCACGGGCAAUCUUGGGCAACCUCAUUGGUCCCAACGGCGAGCAAUUAACCUCCACGGAUCCGUACAAUACCACCGUUUUCGUUGGUGGACUCUCUCCUUUGAUUUCGGAGGAGACACUGCGCACCUUCUUUGCACCUUUCGGCGACAUUCACUAUGUAAAAGUCCCUGUAGGGAAACACUGCGGGUUUGUGCAGUUCGUGCGCAAGGCUGACGCUGAGCGAGCAAUAGAGAAGAUGCAAGGCUUCCCCAUAGGGGGCAGCCGAAUCCGGUUGAGUUGGGGGCGCAGCCAAUAUAAGGCGGCUCAGGCAGCUGCGCAAGCAGCAGCUCAGGCAGCUCACGCGGCGGCCCUCCAGUCGCAGCUACAGGCUCAAGCUCUGAGUAAUGCGAUGACUCAAGAGCAAGCAUUGCAGCUUCUUCAGAAGUUCUCCGGCCAGGGAUACCCGGAUUCCUCCAACUCGUACAGUCAACCGUCCAUGUUCCCUGCUACAUACAGCGAGAGCAGACCUCGCGGGCCGUUCGCAUCGUCACCAGAUGGCAUCAUUCCUUACUCGAGUCAACUUUCGGCGCUUGGCCGUCGCCCAUCUCAGGGGAACCAAUUCCAAGGAACGAACUUCUCGCCGUUUUCCCCGGAUCUGAAUUUGUACCUACCAUCGGAGGGCAAUAGUGCACAACAACCAGUACCUCUCGCGCAACAUGUCAAAGCCUACGGGGCUGCUUAUCCCUCUGAGCAACAAGGUGGCGGAACUAGCAAUGGCAACGUGUCGCCAUCUACCACUCGACCCUCCAGUGCUUCUCGCUUCCCGUCUUUUCUUGACAGUACGCCAGCAGCCUUCCAGAUGAAUCGUGUUCCUGGUCGAGCGGAAGGACCCAUUUCGCGACCAACUUCCGGACAGCCGUCAUCGGCUGGGGGUCGUGGCGAGCACGAAUCUCAAGAAGCUCACGACAUCCAAGAUUUGAAUGGGACUUUAGCGAGCCUUGAUCUUGACCAUGCCUGGAAGACUUCCAUCAUGAAGUCCAAUCCUGGCGCUUCACAAUACCAGUCGGCGGCAGGCGGCGCUCGCUCUCCUUGA